AUGGCAGCACACCCUCUUCAGCGGCUCACGUCGCCCUCCCGUUCCGUCUCGCUUCUUCUUCACGUUCUUGGUUUGGCCUCGUUCAGCUACAACUUCCACUUCCUGACGGUGUGGGAGACGCCUCUUUCCGUGUCGUAUGGCUGGCAUUUUCAGUUCCUCACUAUCAUCGGUCUAACUGCCUCCCUCAUCGCCUUUGCCCUCGGAGUCUUGGCCGACCUCACGCUGAGCCAUGCGCUUUUCCAGGCCAAGAAUGCCGUAGCCGUCCUUGCUACGCCUCUGGAGGUUGUCAUUUCCAUCCUCUACUGGGGCAUUAGGUUCAUCGACCCCAAUCUGCUCAUCGCGGACGGCUUUGUUCUAGACAUGUUGCCGGAUAUGGGCUUCCACCUUGCGCCAGCUGUCUUUCUGACACUUGAUCUGAUCCUUCUGAGUCCGCCGUGGACUAUCCCGGCCUACACCAUCAUGGCAAUCAGCACGGUUGUUGCGUUUGCUUACUGGUAUUGGGUUGAGCUCUGCUUCAGCCACAACGGCUGGUACCCGUAUCCUCUGUUUGAGCUCCUAUCUACGGAGCAGCGUGUGCUUUUGUUCACCUUUUCGGCUGGUUUGGUUACCGUCUCGUCCUCAUGCCUCAAGUGGGUUUAUGCGCGAGUCAACGGUUACCAGGCUGCUCAAAAGGAGGCUCACAAGCCUCUCAAGAAGGUCCAAUGA